CUGCUAGCAAGUCAAGAGGUUGCCAUAGACGCAAGAGCAUUUUGCCACGAUGGUGAGCUCAGGCUGCAGUGUGGCAACGGCCUUUUACACCCUGCCGAUUUUGUCCUGCUCGUUUUAUAGCAUUCUGUGCAUUCUGAAUCUCAAAUUGAGUCUUCUGCGACGACUUGGGCCAUUUCUUCCCUUCCAAAUUGAUGCCAAGGGUGCCACACUAGCCACACCCAAAGAGGCCAAGGAUGGUAAGGAUGCCAAGGCUGUUGAGGCUUCGGACUCAGCCCCGGCUGCGGGUGAAAGCUCGCACUCGCCGCAAUCGUCACCGGGCUUGGCGUGGCCAGUGUGGUCCAUUGACUUUGCCAAGCCCUCCAUCGGUUUGUUUCUUUGGUGCCUCUUUCCUAUCAUGGCCUAUGGAGUGAUUCGUGGUCUCAGUGAUUGCGAACAAUUUGAGUUGAUUUGCUGGAAAGUAGAAGAUCAAACCACCUCAUCUCAUGCCCGCAAUCUGCUUCACUUGCUGACAAUCAGCAUUUUGUCGGCCUGGCUAUGCAGAGUUCCUCCAAGAAGACGGGAUGGUGCUGUGUUUGCAGCUGUGGCAGUUUGUGAGUUUCUGAUCAACAAGUUUUUUUGGCAAAACUGCGAGGAAUUUUUGGCUCACAGCGUUUCUUCUGGCAGCACCUUUGGUGUUUUCGAUGUCUUUAUUGCAGUGUCGACCUUGGUAUCCCUCCUCAUGCUGAUUUGUGAUGGUCUCCCUUGUUUGCGGCGGCUAAUACAAACAGUCACCAAGACAGCAGCGGCCGGUGAGCAGAAUCUGCAUUUGUUGAGUCGCAGUGGGCAGCGAAAUUAUCUCCUGUAUUGGGGCUUCAUUGUUUUUUUCCAUGCUGUGCUGAUCAUGGCUUUCCCAAAUGACCUGCACCUCCACCAUUACUGGGGAGGCAUUGUGAUGGCAACCUUUUGCAUCUUUCAGACGCCCUUGUCGAGACUUCUGCUACUGAAGGGGGUUAUGAUGGCUAUCGAUGGUAUUGGAGUCUGGGGUGCAGAUUCCAUUGUGGGCGAGGAUGAUGGUGGAAUCACAGAAGGUGAUGCCGAUCUCAGGUUGAUGCUUUGUAUCCUGGUGGUUUUGGCCUUCAUGCUAGCGCUUGGCCUCAAUGUUUAUCGCGAUCCACGCAUCAGGGCGCUGACAGGCCUCGCGCAUGCGAAGAAUCCUGCAUUGGAUACGGAAUGAACGUAUGUAAAACAACGACUAUGCACACCUCCAAGAAUGCAGCAAGAACUCGUGAUUGGCAGGCCGAGGGCUUCAAGGGCUCGUAGCGGUCACCUUGCCAUUGAAGAUUGGCUUUUUGAACUGCUCCCAGCGAUCAAACAGCUUGGGGUUGAUCCCUUUGUCGCAACAUGUGGCAACAUUCGAAGAGCAUGGGGCCUUCGAGAUUAUCACAGGCAUCAAUUUGUUCUCCCAAUUUUUUUUGCGAGUUGCCACAUGAAGUAUCUUCUGGUAGCUAACUUGGAAGUGGAAAAGAUGCU